AACUUGAAACAAAAUAGAGUUUAUCGUAUUGAAAAAACUCGUAAUGAUAAUAUCUUAUAUAUUACUUAGAACUACACGAACAUUGCUUCAAAGCGUAACACGAUUCGCAUGUUUCGUUGGAAUCGUAUCGACGAAACGUAAAAAAUAAUGAAAUUACAUUGUGAAACCACUUGAAUCAAUCGUCAAACGCCGCAGAAAAAUUCCAGUAAAAUAUCCAGCAAUACACGAUGCGCAUGUACGAUCAACGAUGCGAGUAGUCGAAGAAUAUUUCAUCGGGCGAUGAUUUAAGAAACAAUUAUAUACAAAAUAAUUGAAUGAAAAUAUGUUCGUCGGGUAUGCGAAAUAAAAGAUUCGAGGUCAGUUUGAUCGUGAAAGAUGUCUUGCGCGAAGGAUUUCUCUUGCAUCGGAGGUCUGGAGAAGCAGAUUCGUGUUGUAAAGGAAACGGUUCUGUUUCCGCUCAUGUACGGUGACAUUUACGCGAAGUUCAACCUGAAACCACCGAGGGGUUUGCUUUUUUACGGGCCUCCCGGAACAGGAAAAACGCUGGUCGCCAGCGCUUUAGCCGCAGAGUGUAGUAAUUCGGAACGAAAGGUUUCCUUUAUAUCUCGCAAGGGUUCCGAUUGCCUUAGCAAAUGGGUCGGCGAGAGCGAGAAAAAGCUUCAGAAGAUUUUUUCACUGGCUCAACAAUCGAAGCCUUGCAUAAUCUUCUUUGACGAGGUUGACGGUUUAGCUCCAGUCAGAUCUAGCCGCCAAGACUUUGUGCACGCCAGCAUUGUUUCCACUCUCUUGGCCUUGAUGGACGGCUUAGAGAACAAUUCAGAGAUCAUAGUAAUUGGAGCAACGAACAGAAUCGAUGCCAUAGAUCCAGCUUUAAGAAGAUCUGGCCGAUUCGACAGAGAGCUAUACUUCCCGUUGCCAUGUUAUACGUCGAGGAAAGAAAUACUCUCAGUUCAUAUAAAAAGUUGGAAGCAAAAACCACCGCAAAAAUUUUUAGCGUAUCUGGCAUCGAAAACGGUCGGAUUUUGUGGAAGUGACUUGCAAGCUCUUUGCGCUGAAGCGGUAAUGUGCUGUGUUCGGAGACUCUAUCCGGAAAUAUACACUUCCAAUGCGAAGUAUCAGAUUAACGAACGUCAUCUUAAAGUUGAGAAACAAGAUUUUCUAAGGGCACAACAGAACAUCUUGCCAGCAUCGCAUCGUGUUACAAUCGUACCCGUGAAAUCUUUGUCGUAUAAAAUCCAGCCAUUACUUCAAGAAAAUUUGUCAUCCAUUCUGUUACAACUCGAAACUCUUUGUCCAACGGGAAUGUUAAUUUGCAAUGAUAUCACUGGUAGAGCUGUAUCGAGGUCAAACAGCUGUCCGAGGAUUUUAUUGUGCGGUGAUGACUCUCACACUCGUCAUCUAGGACCAGCAUUACUCCAUACCUUGGAACAUUUACCUUGUCAUGUGUUGGACGUCACAACUUUGUUCGAGGAAACAGGAAGGGCUGCGGAAGAAGCUCUCAUUCAAAAAAUGAAAAUGGCUCGAAGAAGUUUACCAUCGUUGCUCUACAUUCCUGACAUCUUAGCCUGGUGGGAUCUAGUGGAUGAAGCGGCACGCGUCGUUUUUACUUCUUUGAUGCAUGGCUUAGAUCGAUCGGUGCAUAUCUUAAUCUUGAUUACGGCCAAUUGCUCACAAGCAGAUUUACCAGCAGAUAUUGCAUCUUUAUUCGAUGAACAUCAAAGCGAAAUAUUUGAAGUCAUGCCCCCCGGAAAACAACAGCGAGAAUCUUUUUUCAAGCAAUUAUUCGUUCACUCGGCGUGUGAUCUCGAAUCUAAUCGUUCUUCACAAGGUAUAUGUGAUAAUGAUAUGAUACCCUCCGGAAUUCGAACAAGUUAUGAAUUCAAAAAGGAUAAAAGAAAAAUUAACGUUAAAAGAAAAAACAGCGCAUCAGGCGAAGGACCACCGUCAAAACGAACAAGAAAUUCUCCGUCCCAUCUAUCCGCUUCGAGCAACGAGAAACUGACCGAGUUUGAAAUAGAGGAACUGCUUCGAACGAUCGUCGGGGCGACGGAGACGUGGCCGUGCCACGAGCUCGAAAGUCUGUUCGCUUCCCUCGAAUUAACUCUAGAAAAGAACGAGGAAGAUUUAUGCUCUGCAAUUGAAUGCCUCGAACGGUUUAAAGAAUUCAAAAGGGUAAAAGUAUACGUGAAGAAGGAACAAGAAGAUUGAGUCAUCGUUUUUUUAAUUUAUUGAACUAUAUCGCAUGUGUAUAAUAUCAUAGCUACAAGCAAUGUAUCCUUUCACUGACUGAUGUGUAACUUUCAAUCGUUCGCCACUGUGAACUGUAUGUUUAACGACCAUCUGUUCAAACCUGGACAUAUGUCAUCAAAGAGA